GCUCGCCGUCAUCAUCGACGACCGAAGCAGUUUGACACCGCGCCUGACAGCGAGCUCUUGCACUUGCAAGCCGCUUUGAUUGCGGAAUGUACCGGGCACUGUCGCGACAUGCCAUAGUCCCCUCCACAGGACGCAAUGCUGUCCGUGUGACCAGAAGGCGUCUGGCGAACGAUGCAUCUGGCGUAACAAAGAAGAAGAAGAGCAUCGUCCGCCGCGUUAUCUUCUGGUCCACUCUCACUACCACGGGUUUCUACGUCGGCAGCACCUUCGUCUCGUUCAACAGCCAGUUCUACUAUGACUUCUUCUCGGAGAACGUUCCCCUCGGCUCUUCCCUCCUCGACUUCGCUGAGUCCCAUGGCUGGGAUACUAUCACGCUCGAUAGCAUCAAGCUCUCUGCCCUAUCUGCUCAGCAGUCGAUCACGGACCUCGUGAACGGCAAGACCUCGAUCACGCCUGCAGACGCGCUGGAACGCGCGAAGAGCACGGCAGAGGCAACCCGGAAGAUCAUGUCGGACAAGCUGCGCGAGGCCAAGGAAGCGACCUCUCACACAAUAGAGGAUGGCAAGGCGAAAGCCACGGGCGCCGCGAAGACCGUAAAGAAGGCCGGGAAGGACGCAGUUGAGAAGGCUGAGGAGGCUGUGAAGCACCAGGAGGAGCGCGCCGAGAAGGAGCUGAAGGACCUCGUCAAGCAGGCCGAGGCUGCACUGAGUGGCUCUUCCACUGCGCAGGCGAAGCAGGCAGGGGAGGUCCCACCUCUUUCGGACGCGCCUGCGAAGGCUGCCGAUCCAGCCGUUUCCGCCGCGGACGUGUACGAUGCACCUCUACCCAUCGGUUGCGAGCCCCCGCCAGGCUACAAGCGCCCACCCCCGCCACCUAAGCCCAAGGCUGAGGAGAAGCCCGAACCCCCUGUCCCCGAGCUGCCUCGCUUGACGCCGCAGAUCGACGCGUCGGAGCCCGUCGUCACACAUCUUGCAGGCAUCAUCGACCAACUCGCCACCUUCGUUUCUCACAACGCCGAGACUAGCGCCAAGGCGACCCCCGUUCUGGACACUGCGAAGGAGGACCUCACAUCGCUCGUCAACAAGAUUGCGCAGAUCAAGGAGGACGAGCAGAAGAACCUUGAGGCGAAGCUCGAUGCGCAGUCGCGGGAGUACAGCACGAAGAUGUUGGAGCUUGAGAUGCAGAGUCAGGACAAGCUCGACAUGCAGGAGGACGAGUUCCGCAAGUUUUACGACGAGGAGAAGCUGCGUCUUGCCCAGAUGUGCCGCGAGAAGCUCGAGAAUGAGCUCAAAGUCCAAACUGAGCUCAUCAACGAGCGGUUGAAGGAGGAGGUCAUCGCACAGGGCAUCGAGCUCCAGCGCCGAUGGAUUCGUGCGGUGAAGAUGCACGUCGAGGAGGAGCGCGGUGGGCGUCUCGCCAAGAUCGAUGAGAUCUCGAAGGAGCUCAAGUCGCUCGAGCGCGUUGCCAUCGACAACAGCAUCUACCUCGAUGAGAACCUGCGCGUCCACGCCCUCUGGUCCGCCUACCGCACUCUCGCCCAAUCCGCCAUCGACGCACCGGUACGGAAACCUUUCCGGGAAGAACUGCGCGUCUUGCGGAGUAUCGCCGUCGCUCGUGAGGACCCCGUCACCGGCACCGUCCUCGAGCAGCUCGAGAACGGUACUGUGGCUGACGUCGGUGUCGAGCCCUUGGCCGACCUCACCGUCUGGUUCACACAGAAGGUUGCACCGAAGGUCAGCGAGGUUGCGCUUGUGCCCGAGUACAAUGCCGGCCUCUUGACCUACCUCGGAAGCCGCAUCGUCUCCGCGCUCAUGUUUGACAAGCGGAGCGGGAAGGCGCCGGUGGCGGGCGACGACGUGCUGAGCAUCCUGAAGCGCGCCGAGUGGUACCUCGCAGAGAAGGACUUGGACAGUGCAGCGCGGGAGGUCAACCAGCUGCGCGGCCCCGCGGCGACAUUGGUGCAGGACUGGCUGCAGGCGGCGCGCCAACGAUUGGAGGUUGAGCAGGCUUUGUCGGUGGUGCAAACCCAGGCGACGCUGGCAUCUCUUUUGGUGGUGUAACUAGUCUCAUCUCAAAACCCGUAGACCUUUGCACACUCCUUUCAAGCGCUUCUUUGUUGGACGUUUUGUUCUCGUCUUGGCGAGUUACGGACGUCGAGUGAUAUGGAAUGAAAGUGUUGGCUGCAACCGGUCUCCCUUGGCAGUGCGGUUUCUCCAUUACUAUCUACGCCACGCUAGCAGCGCUUUGUGGCUCACUCGAUGUUCUAUCCCCACUGUUGCCACCUUGCAAAGUCAGACUGCAGGCGCAAGUACGUUUGAACGCCCGGUUGACUUUCGGAUUCUGCCGAGAUUGUUGUCGACUUCGCUUUCGACCCUCGACCUGAUCAGCGCUGAAGACCCCGUUACCUGCAAUUGAACUCCCGCGGUCAAUACACAUUGUGUGUUUGUUUGUGCACCGGUGUGGCGCUUGUUUGUCUUUGCCCCGUCUGGUCAUUUUUGUCACCUCC